UUUCCAGCGGGCCUGGCUUGUAGAAUCUGCGAAUUCGGGAAAAAGUACGUGUCAGUCGAUCCCCUCGGAACGAGCGAUCGAGAUUCAUCGCGAAGCGAUCGGAAAAACUCUUCUUUCCUCUCCUCUCUGAUGAUCGAUCAAUGAGAAGACUCGCGUUGAUAAGAUUCACGAAGAUGGACUUCAAGUAGCAGUUGCGGACAACCGGCGAGCCUUCGAGUUUUCUUGAUCCGUGUUGUAUUUCUGCUAUGAAUAUUCCCUGAGUAUUCCUCCUCCCGCUCGUUCUGAACACCUUGUCGCGCAAAUAAGAAGGUGAACGUAUCGAAACCCCUACCAUUCUUUUUAUUGCAUCCCCCCACCUGGGAGUAAAACACCUAACGCAGCAAACGUUCCCUCCGGAGAGAAAGAGAAAGAGAGAGAAAAAGGGAAAGAGAGACACACACAAACAAGCGAUCGCCGAUUCUCUCGACCGGGAUUCUUUAUCGGGAAGAACUUUGCUGUGCUUGCUGCGACACUGCGACACGAUGACCGGUAAAACAAUACGGCACCUGCUGUACACUCUGUUGAUGAUCGUCGGAGUCAUCCGCCGAAGCAAAUGCGAGGUUUUCGAUCUGCCGUUGAGAAUCGAGCACGACGAAUAUCUCAAGGAAUAUUUGUUCAUCGAUGAAAGCAAGUAUCACGCUGACCUGCAGGAAUUCGACGACACGACAGUCGAGAUAGAUCUGAUCAAUCGUAACCAGAAGCACAUUCUGUCGCACGAGGAGCCCAAGGUGCUAUACCAAGUCGGGAACAGCGAGAAGGAGUUACCGGAGUGUGCAGACCGUAGCGAGGUAUGUAGCAAGGUGGAUUUAUAUGGUGCACCAUGGGUCGAGAGACAAUGUCGUUGCCCGAAUGGCCGUGCCUGCCCCAGCAGUCUUCAUGGAGACGACGGACAUACGAUCGUCGAUAAAACGCGCCGCUAUAAGCUCUGCGAGCCCGUGAAACGACUUCCCAUCUGUCAUUACUUCAAAGACAUUACGUGGACAUUGGCACCCGGAGGUGGCCCAGCGAAUGCAACAGUGCAACGUGUCUAUUGUCGAUGUCGGCCAAAUAGCGUGCCAUACUUAGUGCGUAGACAACCUCACAAAUCGCUGAAUGGAAAUCAUGGCUUCGUCUACGCCUUCGCCUGUUCUCCGCAAAGCAAAAUACGAUGUCAGCAUAAGGAGCCCUGCCGCCUGUUCACCGUUCGCAAAAGACGCAACUCGCAGCUCGAGGAGGUGAACGCCUCGCCUCUCUGUCAGUGUCCUCGUGGACACCGAUGCCCGCGAAGGCACACGGAUCCCGGUUCUACACCGGCACGAUCUUACGCCGGUGUUCUGGAGAUCAAGACUUAUAGCGGCUACUGCGUGCCGUAUCAUGGCUACGAAAAAAUGACCUACGGCAUUUGAGAGAGGCCACUAGAAACGACCUCUCACUGCAGCGACGGAUUCAGGAUGUCUGCCAAACAAAAAUCCAAGAUUCAAUGAACUACUAUAUACCUUUAUCAAACAUGUCCCCAUAAAAAGAAAGACGAUUAGUUCUCAUACCACAGUGGGUUAGGUCUAUCUUUUCAAGCGCACAACAAUUGGCCAUUUGGUACCUGCCGAUUGUCGAAACGUUGCCAUAAAAUCCCAGAGGCGGCUUCCAAUUCCCGAUCGUAGUGACGAGCACGUUCGGAUGAUCUUUCGAGGAGA